UCGGUCACUAUAUAUUCAGCACGUGUUCAUUUUAUACGGUGGCAUGUAACGGAUCGGGUGUUAAGUUACGAGUCGGUUUACAAAUCGCACAUUUAUUAAAUAAAACAUAAUUGAAAAAAAAAUAUAUUCGCGGUUAUAUUUUACUAGUGAUUACAAAAAGUGUAAUUAGCAAUUGACAACCGUUGUGAUUAAAUAUUUUUCGUACUUUCUUCAGAUAAAAAGAAAGUAAAAUAAAAUUUGACAUUCGAUAGAAUUUCUUGACGCUGUGAAGUUGCGAUAAUGGCACAGGGACCAUUGACAUAUUUUAAUGCGAUUCAGAAAGUUAAAGGAAACACACCGGGUAAAAAGUUUCAUACAUUAAACAGCAUCGCGAGGAAAAUAAUUAAAUCAGAAAAUCAAAAUGCUUCGAUGCAAUUGGCUGUCGAUUCGUCGGAAUUACCGGAGGCUUUGAAACCUCUGGUGCAAGUGGAGGUUGCGCGAUUAUCAGAACAAUUUGAGAAAAUUUGCGAAGCUUUGAAAUCCGAUGACUCUGCUUUGUUUGUUCGUGCGCUCAGGGCCAAGUGGUUUUUCAAUGGCAGCCAUAGAAAUUGUAGGGUUCAGUUCUACAAGGAACAGAUUUUUCCAUUUGUAUCUUUGCAAAGUCGGCAUAAAAUUAUCAAAACAUUGGCUAAAAAUUUGACCGCGAAACCUGCUAUCGCUGAAAAAUUUUAUACUGCGCUGACUUUGAUGUACGAGGAGAAACAAGCUCACCUCCUGUUGAUGGCUUGCAGUGAAUCAUUUAUCUGGAAUCGCAUCACAGAACAUAAACUACGGCUUAAUAAUAGAUUAGUACGAAUUUUAUUCGACAAGUAUCCAAAACUUGUAAUUGAGUAUCUCAAGCUAAGCAAAAAAAGCGAUGACGAAUUUGAACGAAAUUUACGACCCGUUAAUUUACAGUCUCAUGCGUCUUUGCUUCCUAGAUUAUUCAACGAAUAUUCAGACGCUUUCGUGGAACUCAUCGAAAUGCAUAACAACAACUUCAAUAUAAAGUUGAGCCGCCCUAGUACUGAUUUCUUCUUUGAAAAAUUCCCCGACGCAUUAAUGAGAAAUCCCCGAUUAUUUCUACCAAUGUUAAAUCUUAAAGUCGUGCAUGAAAACCUCACUGACCUUCAGUUCAAGGCCAUGUUCAAGCAGCUAUUUCCGCCGAAAAUAGGUUCAUUUGAAUUCGAUAAAUUACUUCAGUACCUAGAAUGUCUUCCAAAAGAUGAUAAAUUGCCUUUGAUGAUUUCGACAUUCGAAGAAGUUUACGGAGUUAAAUUACUAGACAGCUAUACAAAGAUUACGACAUUAACUCUUUUGAUGCUUUCACACGAAGAUCGAACCAAAUUAGUGGAAGAAAUCCUUGAAUAUAUCUAUAAAAAAAAAGCAGUACAUUCUGAUCUGCCGUGGAUUUGCUUUUUACCCUGUGAUAAGUCAAUAAGGUGCUUGAAACUUACAUUCAAAAACAUAAAUAAUUUAAAUCUACGGCUCGAGACAUUUAGAAAAUUAAUCUAUACGUGCCAAGUUAAUGCCGACAAUGAUUCGUUUCUGAAAGUUAUCAAAUACAUCGCAGCAGAGCACAUAAAUGAACCUGAACCGGUACUGAUCGGUAUUUUUAAAUUUAUAUCAACCAUAUACCCAUUAAAUACUUUAACCAGCGACAAUUGGGAUGCGUUGAUUAAAUUUAUCGAUUCAACGAAAAACAAGUUCACAAAUUGGUACAACAAAGUGCCAUUGAUUUUGAUUGUCGCUGCAGUUCGGUACGAUUUGAAAAAUAAUAUUAACAGUAACACGAGUAGCAUGAAAUUGCUAACAGAAUUUUAUUUGAACCUUCGGGCUGCUAAAUGGCUAGUUUUUACAGACAGUUUUCAAUACAAUAGAAUCUGCCUAGAACACUUUAUCACGAAUCAACUGGACUAUGAGCUUCCUAUUUCUGAACACGCGAGGAGUUCUGGAUUCAUAACUUUGUUAGUAUCGAUUGAUGACUUUAAUAAUGCAGUAACUGAAGCAAAAUCUGAUGUCAAAGUUAUUCUUAUUAAAGAUCAUCCGAAAUUGGUGGAAAAAGUGCGGGCACUCCUUAGUGAUCACAUUAGAGAUGAUAUUAACAUGAAAGAUCUGAAAGUCACAGUAAGAAACUUGGAUCAGGAUCUUUACAACGCCUGCGUCAGUGAAAGUGUAAGGGAGUCCGAAAAAUUACCUAAGACUGUAAUACCCGUUAAUUUGAAAUCAAAGUCUACUUGGAAAAUGCUGAAGACCGAUCCACAAUAUUUUGAAUACAAUUGGGAGCCAUUUCUGCAUGUAUGUCUUGCCGGAAUUUUUGUACAUGGUGGCACAAACAAAUCCCUUUCAGAGUUCAAUCCGUUAGCUCGAAGAUUUCUCAGAUUAAGUCGAUGGUGUCAAGAUUUGCCGAGAAUGAUUGCUAGAAAGCUACUGGGAAAUCUUAGAAGGUGUAGAAGUGGACCGGAUCUUGUCGCUCUGGCGAUUCUGCUUGGAGGACCGGCAAUUGAGCGCUUUGUUGUAACUUUAAAAGUGACCGAUUUUAUAAGGGCUCCGCUUGGAAAUCACGCCACGCCUGUUCGGAAAAAAACUAAUUGGAUUGCGAGAGCACUAAGUUCUGCUAAUCCCCCAGUACCUUUAAAUUCGAUACUCAAAUUCUGUGUCAAUGAUUGUGUAGAAUCGGGAAUUAAUUGCCUUAUUAAUGUAAGCCGACGAACGAGGGUUAAUAAAGUUAUUUUGUUUGCAAAUAAGCUGAUUAACCAGCCGGAGGAUAGACGGAAACUUAGAAUUCGGUUAUUGUGUAUGGUCGAGGAUGCCGAAAAUUUACACAUCAACCUGACGGACUUGUGGACCCACGAAACGGAUCAGAAGAUUCGUAAGUUAUUGUUUAGAAAUGUGCUUAAACUUUUUAAAGCAUUUCCUGAGGACAAAAACUGGGAAUUGAUCAAUAAAUGUAUCGACGGACUAAGACCAGAUGAUAAAUAUACUUUUGGAUCUCUUAUGAAAUUUGAUUACAUCCCUAAUGAGUUCAUUGUGGAAUAUGUCCGCAAAUUAUUUAGCCUCUUUCGUAGACUCGACAAUGGGAGAAACGAUUCGCAGCAAGAUGUCGUUUGGUUCUAUAUUACAAAGCUACUUAAUAUUGAUAAGAACAUAUUAGUUCUGUUUUCCGACGAAUUGCACAAUGAAAUAAUUGACAAGUAUGUUCUUGAUUUGUCACUACCAAAAAAUGUACAGUCUGCAGGCCAUAAUUAUCUAAUUAAUUACAUUGUAACAGCGCGAGAGAAGUUAGAAGACAGAUUGAACCGAUUCAAAAAUAUAUUCGUCAAAAUUGUGAAAAGAAAAUGGAAUGUUCCUUAUCCGACUGAACCGUCAUUCUAUCCAGCAAAUAAUUUCGUACAUGGAUUGAUCAAUAAUAUAAUAUAUUCUUUGCACAACAAUCGUAUGAAAUGUAAGUUAGCUGAUACUGUGACAAGGGCGGUAGUCGAUUUGAACGUAAAACCUCACCAAGAUCCCAAAUUCUUCUUAUUGUUUACCUUCACUUGUAUUGUUAACAAAGUCCCUCCCGAGAAAUUAGCAACGGCAAUUAACAGACUUUUGCCUACAUAUGCGAGAUUUUUUGGCAAAAACUACAUUGAAAUUAUUGCUAAAUAUCUUCAUGAAUUUAUCGAUUCUUGCAUCGGCGAUCGGCGAUAUCAAAUAGAAGUCGUCGAUAGUCUCCGAGGUUUAGGAAAUGAUGAUGCUAGAAGUCUUGCAGGUCGUCUUGGAGACUUUAAAGGCAAAUAAAAAGCUAUCCACGGCUCGCUGGACUUGUGUCUCUUCCCGUAAUAUAAAUAACUACAACCCUGUAGGCGAGUGCCUUUUUAACUAUUUUUUAAAAUUAGUAAUUAAUAAGUAGGAGUCAUGUAAAAUAUUUUACGGCAUGAAAUUUUAUAAUUAUCGAUACUAAGGUUAUCGUUGUAUUGUCAAUGGAUUUUUAAACACGUGUAACAUAAAAAAUAAGAAUGAUUAGUGAAAGUUUCAAUUACUAUUAUUUAUGUAGUUUUAUUUUAGGGUUAUUUACUCUAACGGAUCGUACUACUGAAGCACGUAUGUAAGCGAUUAAUGUAUAGUUUUUUUUUUUCCAGCACUUAAUAAAUAAUCGACUUUUACGAAUAGUGACUUUGUAAUAUUAUAAAAUGAAAUUGAGAAUUAUACAGAAUAUAGACAUGACCAA